CAAUUAAGCAGCUGCACAAUUUGUAUUUUGGACACGAAUAAAACUGAACCUUGCGUGAUUCGCGAAGCAACUCCAUCUUUAUAGGGCGGUGUUCAGCUAGCACAAAAAGUAGGAAGAGAAAGGAGCAGAGAAGAAGAAGAAGAUGGUGAAAGAUAGGAAGAUCGGAGUCGCCAUGGAUUUCUCGAAGAGCAGCGUAGCCGCGCUUAAAUGGGCAAUCGACAAUUUAGCCGAUAAAGGCGAUACUUUCGUCAUUAUCCACAUCAAAUCCCAUGUUCCUCACGAAUCUCGCAACCAGCUGUGGUCUGAAUCUGGCUCUCCCUUGAUCCCCUUGUCUGAAUUCCGUGAGCCGGAGGUGAUGAAGAAGUACGAUAUUGAGACUAAUAUUGAAGUUCUGGACUUGCUUGAUACUGCUACUAGGCAGAAAGAGAUAAACGUAGUUACAAAGCUGUACUUGGGUGAUCCAAGGGAGAAGCUGAUCGAGGCAGCUGAAGAUCUGAAGUUGGACUCUUUGGUUAUGGGCAGCAGAGGCCUUAGCACCCUGCAGAGGAUAAUAAUGGGGAGUGUGACCAACUAUGUGCUGUCAACUGCGACCUGCCCAGUGACUGUUGUGAAGCACCCAGAUUUUCACAAGAACUGAUGCAGAAGGGAAAGAGCUUUUGUGGCAAUGAGUUCUUUUUAACAUAAACAAGAUGGGAGCUUCUUUUUAUAUCCUUUUAUAUGCCUAAUUAUCCUACCUGUAUAAUUAUAUGUCCAUUGGGUACUUCUGUCUCUCAGAGAAGAUUGUGUGUUCUGGUUCUCCUUCCCUAUAUAAGCUUUCUUUGCAUUCUGAUUAAAGAAUAAAGGACUUUUUCUCAGUUUUCUUGUACUUAAUGGCAUUAACUAUCUCUCAUGUUAUCUUUAUUUUUUCCCACCCCUAUCAGCCAUUCUUCUUUUCCUUGGGUAUGAGUAGAAAUUAAAUGUUGUGCCAUUGCACA